AUGGAAGUCCGAAACCACGUCCAGGACGUUUGCCUCAUUGAGAGCGCCCCAGGAAACACCUUUCUGUCUCGGCUAGUCAACUUCCAACCGCUCACGAACUCACAAGUUAAGGUGAAAUCGUACCCGCUAGACCAGAUCAAAAAUCAUAGGGUGCAAGAGUCUUUGGUGGUCCGCGACUUGCUGCUUGUGCUAGUUGGUUUAGAAGGUGUGUAUAUUAGGUACAACAACAGUUAUGACCCAAGAAUAGGCUCCGAAGACGAGAUCAGAGGACCAGACUUUAAGAUUGCAAAGAAUAUGGAUCCUUCGCUCAAGAGCUUCGCGAAGUGGAUAGUAAAAUUCGGAAAAAUAUAUGUGGUCUUAACGAGAUUCAGUGAGCGCUUUACUGAUCCUGUUUAUGGCGCUGUUUUGCAUCGUCUCUGUUUCGAAAUUCGCCAGUUUUUGAGUAACGAGUACAUGAGGUGCAUUGUAGAAACAGCAGAAACUGAGUUUGAAACCAACACACAGUUCAGUAUACGAGAACUCGGCCAACUGCUUACUCAAAACUGUGUAUUCAAGGCGCAGCUACUCCAUGAGCUGGUUCAAGAAAUCAUGCAGGAAAUGAAUCGUAGGGCAAUGAUGGACCGCGAGGAAGCCGAUUUCCAAAACUUUAUACAAGAUUUAAGAAAAGAGAAAGAAACGGUUCAGUCAUCGGUCCGCAGUGAUCGUACGACAAGUGUCCUAUUUAUGACAGACUCUAGAAUAAAUCUUCAUGCAAGAGGGGGUGUAAUCUUGCAGCUGGUUGAAGAUAAGCUCAAGAGCAACUGGGGUAAUCAACGAAACGUUGAUUUUCUUCAAAACCUGUUCUGGAAUAUUUCAGCUCAGUACUGUACCAUGCUGGAAAAAUGGCUAACUAAUGGUUCUCUGGAGGACCCUUAUGAUGAGUUCAUGGUCUCAGACACCACAAAAGCUGCUCCCAACCAAACAUCAGUAGCACUUAAUUCUCUAAACAGUGAACGUCUAUGGGAUACACAAUAUGUGAUACGUAAAGAUGGGCUGAUGAAUCAACUCAACUCCGGCGACGUUGCGUUCAAGAUACUGAUGACAGGCAAAUUAUUGAAUUUGUUUCGCACAUGUUGCAAUUUACAAGGAUUAGACGGCGUUUGGCCCCUUGGCAAUAGUGGACCACUAACUAAGCUACCACAGGGUACACAACUCACUUUGUAUGUUGAUGUACACUACGAGCGCGCGAAUAAACUAGCGUGGAGCUUAUUUUACGAAGGGUAUAACUUGCCUCGCGCGUUACAGGAAAUCCAUCAAAACUUUCUACUAUACAAUAUCCCAACCUUUUUCCGCAAGUUCUUCAAUAGAUCACUGGUAGAGCUUACAAAGGUACGAAGCGAUGCGGUUCAAGAGAAGCUGCAAGUCUCGUUUCAAGAAUAUCAAAAAUCGCGAUGUGAAGAGCCUCAUAAUGUCAUAUUGCCUCUUUUGAACUUGCAGCUUGACAAGCGCACCUUUUAUCGCAUCAUUGAGCAGUUCUCAUCGGAAACUACUAGCGAGAAAGACAACGCAGACUUAUUACAGGCUCGAGAUUUUGGCAAUCUUCGAGAUAUGCUACUACAAAACCUGAACAUGCAGGAUAGGAAUGAGACCACCGCUUCACAAAGCAAAGAAUCUCAAUACUCCGUCCACCACUUGCAAUUUGAGAUUCUAGUGCCGUUUCCUCUAAACACGUUGGUGUCAAAAACCUGCGUCGUACAAUACCAGAUGAUUCAACGAUACUUACUCUUGCUUCACUACUACAAUAAGAUCUUACAAGAUACGUGGCUGGAGAUAAAUAAAAACAAGGUUUGGAGGCACGCCGGCUUUGGCAUGAACGUGAAACGCUGGAUACGACGUUGUAGAGUGGUGCAUUUCCGAAUGGCGCAGUUUAUGAAGUUCAUGCUAGAGUAUACCAGUCAGGACGUAAUACAAGGUGGAUGGGUAACACUUGAACCUCAACUGAGAAACUCUCGUGCAGCGGGCUUUGAUUAUUAUCAUUCUCAAGCUGCAUUACAAGAUUUCUUGACCCAAUUAAUGUCACACUCUUUACUGACAAAUGCUUCAUUGGUACGUCUAUUGAUCCAAAUUACAGACAUUGUUCACAGAUUUUGCAAGUUUGUCACAUCUCUACGCAAAACGCUCUGUUUAUUAGAUAUUCGCCUAUUCUCUAGCUAUCAGGCCCAAUUGCCUGAUGGGGACCAAUAUGACGAACAGAUGGCAUUGCAAAAAUUGCAGGAACUACAAGAUUACCUAGAUCUCAUCUGGGACAGCUUCACUCAACACAGAAACGCAUUUGCGGAAGGUGUUUUUUAUUAUUGUGACCAUGGCUCUGUUCGCAGCGGUGAGAAUCCGGUGCUGUAUCUAGUAGAGAGACUGAAAAGUCUUGAAUAA